ACUUGAAAUUUGAGCUCCGGCCAUCCAACCCCCUCUCCCUUCUCCUUCCUUCAUCUCCCCCCAUGGCCAGUUCUUGCAGAUCUUGCUUGGUUUGGGUCCUCUGCUUCUUCCUCUGCCAUUGUUUGGUGUUCGUGGAGCCUUCCCGCAGAGUCUUCCUGUAUCCACAGUCUCAGGAGAUAUCCUCCAUAGUUAGCAAGCAAUACAGGACUGCAUACCACUUCCAACCACCCAAGAACUGGAUCAAUGACCCAAAUGGACCGAUGUACUACAAUGGCGUCUACCACCUCUUCUACCAGUACAACCCCAAUAGCUCGGUGUGGGGCAACAUCCAUUGGGCUCACUCGGUGUCGACCGACCUCAUCAACUGGGCGCCGCUCGACCUCGCCAUCCAUCCCACCAAGCCCUUCGACAUCAAUGGCUGCUGGACCGGCUCAGCCACCAUCCUCCCCGGCCACCAGCCGGUCAUCCUCUACACUGGGAUGAACCGAGACAACCAGCAGGUCCAGAACAUUGCUGUCCCGGGGAACCUGUCCGAUCCUUUUCUCAGGGAGUGGACGAAGCCUGACUACAAUCCUCUGAUGACGCCCUCCGACGGCAUCCACCCCGACAUGUUCCGGGACCCGACCACCGGGUGGCGCGGAGCCGACGGGCGUUGGCGAGUCGCCCUGGGAGCUGAGAUCUCAGGGAAUGGAACCGCCUUGUUGUACAAGAGCGAGGACUUCGUGCGGUGGGAGAGGGCCGACUCGCCUCUGCAUUCGUCGAGCGCUUCGGGGAUGUGGGAGUGCCCUGACUUCUUCCCGGUGCCGAUCGAGGGACGAGAAGGCUUAGACACGUCGGUGAACUCCAAGGACGUCAGGCAUGUGUUGAAGAUGAGCUUGAUGGAGCCGCAGUCCGACUAUUACAUGCUGGGAACGUAUGAUGAGACGAGGGACAUCUUUGUGCCGGACAAUGCUGCGGACGACUACCGGAUGUGGUUGAGGUACGACUAUGGUAAGUUCUACGCAUCGAAGACGUUCUUCGAUGCGAAGAAGAAGCGGAGGAUCUUGUGGGGAUGGUUGAAUGAAUCUGACACUGAAUCUGAUGACAUCGCAAAGGGAUGGGCUGGUAUUCAGAUCAUUCCGAGGAAAAUUUGGCUGGAUAGCAGAGGAAGGCAGCUUGUUCAGUGGCCGAUCGAAGAGGUUGAAUCUCUCAGAAGAAACGAGGUUCAUCUGCAUGGCUUGGAGCUCACAACAGGUCUGCAUGAGAUCAAAGGAGUAAAAGGUUCACAGGCAGAUGUCGAGGUAGAUUUCGAGCUGCCAAGCUUAGACAGAGCAGAUCCCUUUGAUCCCACUCGGGCGAUGGACGCUCCUAAGCUUUGCAGUCAAGAAGAUGCUUCCGUUAGAGGUGGAAUCGGACCCUUUGGGUUGCUGGUUUUGGCUUCGGAAAACCUGGAGGAACACACGGCUAUCUUCUUCAGAGUUUAUAGAGAUCAGAACACAGCCAAAGUCCUCAUGUGCUCUGAUCAGAGAAGGUCCUCUCUAAGGCCAGAGCUCGACAAACCAGUGUAUGGAGUGUUCUUGGACGUGGACCUCGAGAAGGAACGAAAGAUUUCUCUGAGAACCUUGAUCGAUCAUUCGGUAAUCGAGAACUUUGGCGGCAAGGGGAGAGCAUGCAUCACGGCUAGAGUUUAUCCUGAAUUGUUCUUGAACACCAGCUCUCAUCUUUACCUGUUCAACAAUGGCUCCAGCUCUGUGAUGAUCUCAAGGUUUCAGUCAUGGGGCAUGGCCAAGGCUCACUUGAACAUAAAACUCAAAGACCUAGUUAUCGAAAACUAGGGUUUUCGGGUGCAUAUUUUUCAGUGAAACUAUGAUAUCUCAAUUCAUCAGUCAACCAAGGAAGAAACAAUCUUUGGUAUUCUGAUACAAGAAAAGAUGAUUCAUGAUAAACCUCAAACAUUUUGCUCCUCUCAAAAUUCUCCAUUUGCUUGCAAUGACUGAUGAUUAGCUGAGCUGACGAGACUUGUACCAUUGAAAAGCCACAAGAUGAAUGAUCACUAGAAUCUUAGCAUUACAUCUAGAAGUUGGCACAACAGCUAUGCAAACUGUUACAUGAAUUGGAUUGGAUUCUUGUCAUACCGCCGAAGAUACUUUCCUCUGGAACACAAUGUUCUUUGUGAGGUCAGUGAAUUAGGUGGUGACAUGAAGCUGACCGGAUUCCUAUGUGUGAUCCACAUCUCAGGGGUGGCAGAUCUCCCUUUCUUCUCUGUUCAAACUCCACGCCAAAGGUGCCAUAUGAAGAUCAUGUCUCAUCUUGCCUAAAAGUCAAGGAUUUUCCACCCAGAACAAGAAAUCAUGGAUUUGCAUAGGAAAUCAAUUAUCCCAUAAUUUUAGAUCAGGAACAGUUCAUUGUACUGUCUACAGAAUUCUGUAUGGAAGUAUCAGGUCCCAAAGCAGGGAUCUCUUUCUUGA